AUGCGCGCGCGCAAUGCACGAGAAGACCGCAGCAGGACGCCUAUGAUAUCCGCGCUGGUGGCGGCCAAGUAUAUUUUGAUGUUAUGUGUCGCGAUCGUCGUUGGGUUGUCGACAUAUGUGUGCUUCGGGAUCUCGGUGGCGCGGCUAGUACAACGGGAUUACGGCGACGCAGGUGGGGACGCUGCCAACAAAGCCAAACUGGAGGCGGCGCUGGACAUCUUCUACGCUCUUGUUCUGAUCCAGACAGCUUUCAGAAUUUACUGGGCAGUACUCGGCAGCCAAGAUCUGUGUACGCCGGUGAGCGAUGAAUGUGGAUUCGCAGGCUGGGGUCCCAAACUAGUUAGGAGAUAUGAAGCAGACACCCAAAUCAGCUGUAAUAAGGAAGAACCUCUGCCACGGGGCUGGAACUUGAUCACAUACGCUGUUGUGCUGCUGGAGUCUGCGUCUCUGGAUGACCGUCUUUCAGGAGCCAGGGUGCUAGACACUUUCGUGGAACAGGGCAUACUUGUACGCAAAGAGCUACUAUCUUCCAGCCCCUACGAAGAUCUUCUCACAACGCAGUUCCCGGGCACGCUACGAUGCGUAUGUUCCUUACUUGAAGCAAGUAUAGAGCAAACUCUGGACUUAAAAUCCAGCAGUGUGGCAUCACAAGCUUCGGAUCUAGGAGGUGUCCACUUAUCAUUGGCAAUUCCCGAGCAAACUGACCAUCAGCAACAGCAAUUGGAGCGGAAAGUUCCGUGGUACGGUCGAGUGAUAGAUAUACUGUUCGAUAAAGAACCAGACUUUAGACAUGGACACACCUUUGUGUCGAAAGGAACCAAAGAGCUGAUCUCUCAAGGGUUGCUGAUUCUGGAGAGGCUCACGCAGGACCAAGACAAUUGUACGGCGAUAUGCAACCACCCAAGGCUGCUCUCUAAGAUCACGUCAUCGAUAACAACCCACCAGGAUUUCGGCAACAAUGCAUAUGACCGGACAUGGGUUGAAAUGCUAAGCCGGUCUCUCACAGUGAUGAGAAGACUAAUUACCAGUCCUGGAGAUGAAGCCGCGAAGCUGUGCCACGGGAUCUCGUGUAACCCAGUCGCUGUCAGAAAUUUGAUUGAUAUUCUCGAGAGUGACAACAAAGGUGCCAAAGAACUGCGUGAACAAUCCUUGGAGAUUCUCACGGAGCUAGCAUUGGAAGACUCGUUUAGACAACAACCAUUUGAUGAGUUUGGUACAGCUACAAGCAUCAUGGAGGAGUUCACUUCAUACAGAUUCUGCUACACAUCUUGUUUGAGGAUGAGGACGGCAGUGGUGCAGUAG